GUGUCUCCACGGCGACAGAGUCGAGCCGUUUGAGUCACAUGGCCCGGGUUUCUAUUGAAACCAGUGAAGCUCAGCAUUCAGUCCAUGUUUUGGAAGCCAAUGGCAGCAGGAUGAGUGGAGCCCAACAGGACGGAGCAAUGACGGCAGACAGCCUUCAUCUGAACGGGACGGCCGCUUUGGGACUACUCGACCUGGAGACGAACACGGCUCUGUUUGAGUUCAAAGUGUUUAACAUUGUCAUCAUUGCCCUGGCCUUAUGUAUCCUCACUAUCACCGGCCUGUACUGCAUCACCGUCUGCUACAACCGAACCAGGCAGUCAAAGAGAGCCCAUGUGUAUGAGAGUGCAGUGACCCGAGGCGAGCCGGCGGACCCCGUGGCGGUCAAAGCAGUGAAGAGGUCCACCAGCUUCAUCAACCCUCUCGCCUUCUUCAGGAAACCAGAGGCGGCCAGAGACAACUCCAGGAUCUACUACAUCUACAGUAACCCGCUGCCCAUCGGACUGAAGGAGGAAGAGGAUGAGUGGGCCGCUAAAGCCCCGCGGGGACCAGAGGGGCAAAGUGCAGUGACGCUGCCGCUGACGUUUCAGGAGUACGCCAACGAUCCCAACAGUGGCGUCACCUUGGACCCUCCCAUAUUUUACAUGCAGCUCUAGAAGGUGUUGAAGAGUUGUGCUGUGGGGUUGAGGAGGAGAAAGUUGUCUGAAUGUAUCGAGGCGGCACUAGAGAGACAUCGCAACCUGGAAGGUCUGAGCUUUGACUCUGCAGAUGUGUCAGUCAAAACUAAAGAUAUGUCCUCAUGUACAGGCCACUGAAGGGGCACUCCACCCAUUUUACCAAUUAAAGUAAGUUUAGUAAUCAUGGGUGUAAAAAAAACAAACAGGAAAUAACCCUGAUGAUGUCAUAGUGAUGUCAGGGUUGUGUCAGCAAAGGCUUGGAGACUACGAAUUGAUAACAGAAACCCUGCGUUAUAGACUGGGCUAUGACGUUUGACAGAGGCGGGUGUUUACCAGGAACUUGAGACGCUAUAAAGUUGCAUUAUGGGGAAACGUAGGAUCUGAAAGCUUGGUCCAUAUUAGGGACUAAAGUUCAGGAUAUGUCCACUGCUGCUUAAAUGUUGGCCAUUCCUUAUUUACAUAUGCCCCUGCACAUCAACAUCUUAAGUGCCUGAUUAACCUGAGGGCAGCUCUGUCUCUCUCACUGCAGGCGUGUGUGUGUGUGUGUGUGUGUGAUUGCACGCAGGUGCGCUGGAGUCAGGGCACAACCAUCAGCUGCAUCUCAUCACCAUAAUCAAGCCUCUUCAACUAGUCUGCUGUCUCCACACCGCCAGAUCGAAAACUUAAAUACCAUCCUGCUCGUCCUCUCAGCUACCAGCUCCAUAUCUCCCCCAGCCCGUAUUUUUCAAAAAUAAAUAACCUUAACCUUGCAUCUCACUUUGGGUUCACUAGUUCUGCAGCCCUGUAACAUCUUUGUUUCAGUCUGUCACUUGUGUGUCUUAUGAAAGUACAAAAUGUAAUCACUGGUGUGACCAUUUAAAGCUUCAGUCUACGUCCAAGUUAAAAAGUGUGUUAACAGUUUUACAUGAAAAUCAAUAUGGGCGGGUGCAAGAGCAAACAAGGAUGUGUGUGUGAUAUUGAUCCACGCAACUGCAUUGGGUUCUACCGAUACCUGUUCUGACGUCACAGUUUUAGCCAAUAGAAGGUGGAGCAAGAGUUCUCUGUCCCUGAAAGAUAGAAGCAGGUACCUGUGGAGUUUUUCCACCACCAGUAGUGCUAUGGAGAGCAUUGCUAUUUAUUAGUGAGUCCCAGUUUUGUUUGUUCCGGAUACAGUCGUGAGCACACGACAACGUGAUCCACAUUUCUGCCAUGCUUACAGCUGUUCUAUUGACAGACAGUUGGCGGGUACAGAGGCUAAGAAGCGCAGCAACGUGGCAGCAGAAGCAGGGGAUGAGAAGACUGCAAGCUAGCAAACAUGGACGCAAACAGGGCAAGGUUUUAAAUAUUCUGCAGGUGUUUUAUAAAACAGACAAUGCAUUCAUGUCUGUAAGGCCUUCAUGACUGCAUUGUGGUGAGAAACACUGAAUGUAAACAGAACACACAUCAGGGUGCAAAAUGUAAAUGGAUUAUGCUACUAGUUAAAUAGAGGCUUAAUAAUCAUGCAUAUGUCUAAAGUUGUCAUUGUGGAUUUUUUUUUGAAAAUGCAUAUUAGGGAUAGUCUUUGAAUAUGUUAUGUAUUUUUCUUAUUUACUUUCUUCACUUCAUAUUUUCCACACCUUAAGAAAGGUUCUUCCACAUCCGAAUAACCUGAAAAAGCUCAUUAGAGACACAAAGUAGCAGACGUAUAAACAUUCUUUCUUGAUUUUUAAAAUGAUCUUUAAUAAAACUGCUGAUACAAUGUCUUUUACAAAAGAAGCCGAGUGUGAGACACUGAGAAAGAUGAGGAAAAAUACCAACGAUUAUCACUGCAGAGCAAUUGAUCGCACAGUACUCCUGGGCAAAAGGAUCGGGUUGCGCGAGAGUGCGUCCUCAGACGAUUGGCUGGGUCUCUCUGGUCAGCCACUCCAGUGCCUCCUUCCUGCCUUGCCUCUCCAUCUCUGCUCCAAUCACGUCCCGGCACUUUCUGUUGUACUCGUUCACCCAGUCGCGCUGCAGGACAGAGAAGAGGGGCCAUGACACUCUGAGGAGACUGUGGUUAAGUAGUGCAUACUGUAAUAGAAAUAGAUGGGAAUAAUAACAAAACUUUUAAGUGCAUGUAUCGUGAUUUGAAAUUGUUCCUACGUGUCACAUUUUUUCUGCAACUCUUACGGAGUGUUAAGUAGGCUACAUUUGAUUGUUUUGUUGUGUUUGAAGUCUUCACCAAUAAAAUGUUUUGAGACAAUC